CUCUCUCUCUCUCUCUCUCUCUCUCUCUCUCUCUCUCUCUCUCUCUCUCUCUCUCGCCCUCGUGUUUGUUCUUCCUACCAGCGGAGCACCAGCUGCGCGCUGCGCCUCGUGCCAAGAACGCCGGAGGCAGGACAGGCUGGCGGCGUAGGGCGCGUGGAGGAACUGGAGGACGCGGAAAAGAUCGGUUUUGGAGAAGCCAGUGUCGAGGAGCCCGCCGAGUUUCCCUUGGCUCAGAUGGAGAGAGUUUGUGAGAACACAACUGCUGCUGAUUUCAAGCAGUACAAGUUAAGCAAGUUUGUUCCUGUAAUCCGAUCAGGGGAUUGGUCUGAUAUUGGAGGUCGUCAAUACAUGGAAGAUACCCAUGUCUGCAUUCCGGACCUAGCUAAGAACUUUGGUAUCCCUUCAUUAGAUGAUGAAGUCAUUUCCUUCUAUGGGGUUUUUGAUGGUCACGGUGGGAAAGAUGCUGCCCAUUUUGUUCGCGAUAAUUUACCAAGGGUCAUUGUGGAAGAUUCAGAUUUCCCUCUUCAGCUUGAAAAAGUAGUCAGGAGGUCCUUUAUGCAGAUAGAUUGCCAGUUUGCUGAGACAUGCUCUCACCGUAGAGCACUGUCCUCCGGCACAACUGCACUUACAGCGAUGAUUUUCGGAAGGUCUCUUCUGGUCGCUAAUGCUGGUGAUUGUAGGGCAGUUCUUUCCCGGUGUGGCACUGCAAUUGAAAUGUCCAUGGAUCACAGGCCUUGCAGCCUCAGUGAAAAAGUGCGCAUAGAAUCACUUGGCGGCUAUGUGGAUGACGGUUACCUUAAUGGUUUGUUAGGAGUCACUAGAGCACUUGGUGACUGGCAUCUUGAGGGCAUGAAAGAAGUUGACGGGCCAGGAGGCCCUCUGAGUGCUGAACCGGAGCUCAAGAUGAUCACACUGACAAAGGACGAUGAGUUCUUGAUAAUUGGCAGUGACGGAAUCUGGGACGUCUUCUCAAACCAAAACUCUGUGGACUUCGCACGGAAGCGCCUGCAAGAGCACAACGAUGUCAAACGAUGCUGCAAGGAAAUCGUUGAGGAGGCAAUAAGGCGAGGGGCUACUGACAAUUUAACCGCAGUGUUGGUUUCCUUCCACCUGGAGGUUCCUCCUCAAAUGAAAGUGAAUCGUCCCGGUAGGGUGGCACGGAGCAUAUCUGCAGAGGGGCUUAAUAGCCUCAAGAUACUCCUGGGAAGGCAAUAAUGGCAUUCUUGUUGUGAUUAGUCACUAUGAUGCAUUGCUGAGUUGCAAUUGUAUGUAGUCAUCUCGGCACCUCGUUGUUGUAAUUGUUCAUUGUUGAAAUGCAGUUUAUUAUUCUUGUUGGUAAUUAAACUAACAAACAUGAGCCCAAGCUUGUAGCUGGAGCUAGUCAAGGCCUGGGAAAAAAUUGCGCACUACUGAGCUCGUUGUGUCAUGCUUUUCCCUUUUUCUCUCUGUAAAUAAAAAUGAGGCUGCCUAGCCGUGCAAUUGACCUUUCAUCAUGUAACAAACUAUUCAUUGGCUGAAAUUUGUCAAAAUUGGGUCAUCUUUCAUA